AUGUCCAACCGAACCAUCUGCGACGUUGACACGCCGGACCCCUGGAUCGUGGCCGGCAACGGCAAGUUCUACUUCACCUUCACCCUCGACAACCGCAUCGAGAUAUGGUGCUCCAAUACGCUCGAAAACUUCCACCACUGCCACAAAAGUGUUAUCUGGCAACCCGCGCCGGGAAGCCCGUGGUCCGUCAACAUUUGGGCACCGGAGCUGCACUACCUCAAAGGCCGGUGGUACAUCUAUACCUGCGGCGCGCCGCCCGGGGUCGGAAACCCGGGCCAUCGGACCACGGUCCUCCGGUCUUCAUCCCAGGACCCGAUGGAUGCCUCUGCAUGGGAGUUUCUAGGCCCGUUGAAGGGUAUGCCGGAUCACUGGUCCAUCGACGCCACAGUGUUCAGUCCAGACGGGCACGACUUGUACUGCUGCUGGUCGGGAUGGCCCCUCGGCGAUAAUUCCGACACCCAGCAAGAUCUAUUCUUGAUCAAACUUUUCGCCCCAGAAGAAGCCAUUACAGACACACUUCUCUGCAUUUCCAGGGCUGAGCUCUCAUGGGAACGUCCCGACGAAGGCCGUCGGGGCGUGAAUGAGGGCCCGACAUGGGUCGAUAUCCCAGGCGUCUUCAGAGGCAUCGUUUACUCAGCCGACGGAAGCUGGACCAGCGAAUACAAGCUCGGUAUACUGCCGCUCAUAGGACAUAAUCCUCUUGACCCUGGCGCCUGGGCCAAGAGAUCGACACCACUGAUGGUCAGUCACAAGCGGUGCGGAGGUCCGUACGGUCCAGGGCAUGCGAGUUUCUUGCCCAAUCCUCAUGACAGGAGCCGGGUCUACUGCAUCUAUCAUGCGACGGCAAGCUAUGGCGAGGGAUGGGCUAAUCGAAAAGCGCGGGUGAUUGAUCUUGGCCCGGAAUGUUUUGGACCUCAUGCUCACUCGGUGUGCUGUGCGCUGGAACGUCACAUACCGAAACAUGGCCAUGAGCGGCCGCACAAGUCUUCGUGUACCAUGUCGUAA